UUCCUCCCCACAAUUUAAAAUCUUGACCACCGCUACAUGUCGCUAGAGAGAAAUCAUGGUUACGUCAUUUCACGGAAACUUGUAGGCCAUCCCAGGCUACCUAUACAUUACACAAGGGCUGUAGGAUUAGGACUGUCGUUGCCUAAUCUGAAACCUUCCAUUAUCAUGCAUUGGUCGAAUGAAAUGGAACAAUUUCUUUCUAAGUCUGACUUUACUGAAGGAGAUGAAAUAGAAAGGAAUAUUUUCGACCAUCAUGAAUUAUCAGACAGGUUGAGGAAAACCUUUUAUUAUUCACCCCAGAAAAACCCAUCUAAAGAUACAUUAUCAUUUUCCAUAACUAAGGAAACGGUUGAAACAUUCAGGAAAGCAGCUCCAACAUCAUUUGGGAAGCUUGGACAUCGUUAUGCUGCAAGGGUGGCAAGAGAUGCAUGUGUGUCGCCAUGUUCCAUGUUGUUAGCCAUGAUAUAUAUUGACCGUCUUACACAUCGCGACCCAGAAUAUUUACAAAACAUUUCAUCAUCUGAUCUAUUCUUGGUGUCGAUGAUGGUGGCAUCUAAAUACAUGUACGAUGAAGGGAUAGAAGAUGAAGUCUUCAACGAUGAAUGGGCAGCCUCAGGGUUGGUUGAUACCGACCAUGUUAAUGAACUUGAAGCGGAAUUCUUGCAUGCCAUGGAUUGGAGGGUGUUGGUGGGGAAACCGGAGUUUCAAACCAUGGUUCAUAUGGUGGAGGCGAGAUUGGCAUUAGAGCAUGGCUUGGACAGAGGAUGGUUCUCAUAUACAGAUACAGCUUGUCUUAUCAAGUCGAACACAAUAAUUGAAAACAUAAAACGAACAAUUGAAUUAUUUUCACAGGCUGUAUGUUUAUGCGUGGUGCUGUAUGGCAGCUUUGUAAUGCUCACUGUUGCAAGCGUUGCUUUGCUUAAAGCUAAACCUAUGAAGAGCAUUACACCAAUGUUGCAUGACCAACAGGUGUCGCUUGGUUUUACCCCAAAUGACAAUAUUUCAACAGAUGCUGCAAACACAGAACCAAUCCCCGCCCUUGAAGAAAUAGAAAGGCCCAUGGUCAUAUUGAACCCCACACCCACACCCACCCCCACCCCCACCCCUAUCAUUACAAAUGGUGGAGUAGCUCAUAUGUUGGCAUUUGUAGAAACCAUGUUAUUCAUAUCCACCCCUGCUUGUUUCAACGAUACAAGCGAUAAUCCUCCAUACGUUUGCCCACGUUGUCAACAACAUAAACCAACUAAUCAAACAAACCAGUUGUACCACCCAACCCCCUAUGUUGGCAAACCAAACAACAACCAUGGAGUUACAACAUCAUUCGAUUCAUUGCUUCAACACAGUUUUACCCACAAGCACAACCCACCCAUCAGCCUGGCUGUUGAACCACCAUCACUUUACUCCCCCCACCUUUUCUACCGACCCAUUGAUGACGCUAUUCAUUAUCAUUGUACAUACUCCCUGCCUGGUGUAAUAGUUAUAACUUAGAAACACUGGAUUUUAGAAAGAUAGUUUUCAACGGAAUAUACUUUCUUACGCACAAGGUUCUAAACUUGCGCAAAUUUUUGUUUCAAAAGAUAGUUUUUCAUUAUUUUUUUCCUUAGAUAGUGUGUUGCAGUUCCCAUUAGUUUCACCACUUCAAAGUUAUGGAGCCUGCUUUAUAUAAAGCAUGUUAUUAAAGUAAAUUUCAUCAACCUGUUA